ACACAGUUGUGUCAAGUUGGCUUUGGGUGGUGGAACAUUCUUCAUACACACGGAAAUGUGUGUGACUGUUCUUGACACAAACCGUGCGCCUGGCACCUACUACCAUACCCCGUAGACGGGCAUAUAGUCCGUAUGGAUAGUCUGUGGGAGAGCUGUAGUUGUUAGCCAAUUAACAGUCUUAUGGCCAGGGGAUAGAAGCUGUUUAGGAGUCUGUUGGUCUGAGCCUUGAUGCACCGGUCCCGCCUGCCGGAUGGGAGUGUAGCCGGUUUGGCUACUUUUCUGCGUUGCAGUCUGCUGUAUUUGUAACGAACAGGUCUAGUCUGGACAGUAGUUGUCUUUUAUCUGGAUUGGAUGGAAUACAUGCAAUGCACUUGAUGGUGAGCUUCUCAAUACUGCACACCUAACGUGAGGAAAAGUAAUGCAAGCAAGUACCUGCACGAGGGAAGUUACAUUACAGACAGCCUGCUAGCAUGUGAGUUAACUAGCUAGCCUAAAAUUGCACCACUUCGUAAACUCUUUCAGCAGAAUAUUUCAUCAGACACGGUUGGCUAGCAGCACAACACUAUUGGAAUACAUUAUAUCACAAUUAUAUGACGAUUUACCACUUCUAAACAUUUAUAACAUAUGCAUUUACACAUACCUCUCCUCAGUCGAACCAAAACAUACUGAGAGAGAACUCCUGCGUCUGACUUGAAGGUACUGCAGGCCAGAGCAAUAUACCACAGAGCAAUCGAUGCACUCACAAUCCAUGGAUAUGAAAGGAUUUUGGUGAAAUACACAAGGCAAUAAUAACACUCGUUACAGGAGCAUGUGGAGAACGGUCCAUGUCUCAGUGGCUCAAGUCUAUUUUUUUUUGUAGAUUUGUGACGCUUGAUUGUGUAUGUUGCACCAGACAAUACAUUUCUGCAAGUUAAAAUUGAUGGAUUUGGUUACAUCUUGACAAUGGAAUAGAAAUUAUAGCAGGUUGAGGUUUAUUGGGAUGAAUCUUGCCCUGGAAGCAGAGCUGAGUGGUUUGAGAGGAGUGGAAGAGAGGGCCAGGGUGGCUUCUUCCCGCCCCUAUAGUACAGGAACCUCCUCUGUUGAUUAGUAGGUCUUCCAUUCACACAUACACACACACACACACACACACAUACACAUACACAGAUACAGCAGGGGCCUAGCAGACAAAGUCAGGAUGUGAUAUCACUCACAGGAAGAGAAGCCAAACAUUUUUUUUCAGCUUUUUUUUUGUCUGCGCUGCUGUGUAACUGGCUGCUGAGUGAAGUUGGAGCCUCAAGGUCUGUUGGUGGCUGGGAAGGAGAGAGUCUCCAUAGGAUCCGGAGAGGGACAGAUCUGCCUGGAUCGUUGUCCAGAGGGAAUUAAAGUAAAGGGGGCUGACCACAGAACUCUCCUUGGCCUUCCAAAGACUCCCCACAUCAUUCCAAGCCAUCCACACGGACCCCGGCCAGAGAAAUGUCCCUGCAUUCCCAACCGUCCCCAAUGUAGAGGUCACUGCCCUCAGAACUCCUCAGAGAACACCUUAACCUGAACAAACUUAUGUUCGUGAAACCUGUCCAAUUACCUCUCAGGAACCCCCCGCACCCAACACACACACACUGUCCAUUAGUCCACCAUUAAGACAAUGGCGCUCUGUCUCGGACAAGUCUUCAGCAAAGACAAAACGUUCAGGCCUCGGAAGCGCUUCGAGCCUGGGACCCAGCGCUUUGAACUAUACAAGAAGGCCCAGGCCUCUCUGAAGUCCGGCCUGGACCUGAGGAAAGUGGUCCAGCUUCCUGAAGGAGAGAACAUCAAUGACUGGAUUGCUGUGCAUGUGGUGGACUUCUUCAACCGCAUCAACCUAAUCUACGGCACGGUCAGCGAGUUCUGCACUGAGCGCACCUGCCCCAUCAUGUCCGGGGGCCUGCGCUACGAGUACCGGUGGCAGGACGGAGACGACUACAAGAAGCCCACCAAGCUACCUGCCUUGAAAUACAUGAACCUACUGAUGGACUGGAUUGAGACCAACAUCAACAAUGAGGACAUCUUCCCCACAAGAAUAGGUGUUCCUUUCCCUAAGAACUUCCAGCAGGUGUGUAAGAAGAUUCUGAGCCGUCUUUUCCGGGUCUUUGUGCAUGUCUACAUCCACCACUUUGACAGCAUCUGUAGCAUGGGCGCCGAGGCUCACAUCAAUACCUGUUACAAACACUACUACUACUUCAUCUCUGAGUUCAGCCUCAUCGAACACUCAGAACUGGAACCCCUGGUGAGAGAGGAGGUGUGGUGAGGGCAAUGACAGAGAAGAUCUGUAACUAAACCACUUGGAGUUUACAUCAUUUCAGCAUUCCCUGUUGCCUUCAAGAGACCCA